UGAUUGGUUGAAAUCUGCUUCGCCUUCCACCGGAAACGCCCUCUCAUUGCCAAAAAAAGGACUGGUUAAAGAUGGCGCUGUCCGUGAAGUCCGUUCUCCGUUCCGGAAAGAAUGCCGUGUCGGUGCUCCGGCGACGGGCCUUCCACAGGAGCGCGCCGGCCGCUGCUCAGGUGACGGUCCGAGACGCCUUGAACCAGGCCUUGGACGAGGAACUGGAGAGGGACGAGCGCGUCUUCCUGCUGGGGGAGGAAGUUGCCCAGUAUGACGGCGCCUACAAGGUGAGUCGAGGCCUGUGGAAGAAGUACGGCGACAAGCGCAUCAUCGACACUCCCAUUUCCGAGAUGGGAUUUACCGGCAUCGCGGUGGGCGCGGCCAUGGCCGGCCUGAGGCCCAUCUGCGAGUUCAUGACCUUCAACUUCUCCAUGCAAGCCAUCGACCAGGUCAUCAACUCCGCGGCCAAGACGUACUACAUGUCGGCGGGCCUGCAGUCCGUGCCCAUCGUCUUCCGGGGGCCCAACGGCGCCUCGGCCGGCGUCGCCGCGCAGCACUCGCAGUGCUUCGCCGCCUGGUACGCUCACUGUCCGGGUCUGAAGGUGGUGAGUCCGUGGAACUCCGAGGACGCCAAAGGUCUGCUCAAGUCGGCCAUCAGAGACGACAACCCGGUCGUGUUCCUGGAGAACGAGCUGAUGUACGGCGUCCCCUUCGAGAUGUCUGACGAGGCGCAGUCCAAAGACUUCACCGUGCCAAUCGGAAAGGCCAAAAUCGAGAGGCAAGGUUCUCACGUGACUUUGGUGUCGCACUCUCGCUACGUGGGCCACUGUUUGGACGCCGCCGCCGUGCUCGCCAAGGAGGGGAUCGAGUGCGAGGUGCUGAACCUGCGCACCAUCCGGCCCAUGGACGUGGAGAGCAUCGAGGCCAGCGUGAUGAAGACCAACCACUUGGUGACGGUGGAAGGCGGCUGGCCGCAGUUCGGGGUCGGGGCCGAAAUCUGCGCCAGGAUCAUGGAAGGCCCGGCUUUCAACUACCUGGACGCUCCGGCCACCCGUGUGACGGGCGUGGACAUCCCCAUGCCGUACGCCAAGAUCCUGGAGGACAACAGCAUACCGCAGAUCAAAGACAUCAUCUUCUCCAUCAAAAAGACCCUCAACGUGUGAGACAGGAGGAAAAAUGUUUCAAAAAAAGAAAACAAUAUUUUGUAAAUACAGUCGUGCGCGAUUUGCGAAAGGUUUCA